AUGUUGGCCCAUUCGCCUUCUCUGGCAUUCUCUUGGGCAAUCAUGGUGAUUGGCGGGAACUUGUCUUUGAACCCGGACGAAAUCCCCGCCUGGCGCUUGUUGUCCUUCACGGCCGACUGUCUCUGGGACAUUUCCUGGGAUUGUGCGUCCUUACGUAAGGAAAACGUCCAGAACGAGCGGUCUUGCGAGGCAGAUUGCAGAAAGUGCGACUUGGAGUCUGCGAAGCUGAUGCAACUAGGUGGUGCCGAGUGGCCUCCACGAGACCGGAGGUGUCUUGGCGGAGAAACAACGCUGGAGUUGGACGAAAGAGCAGGAUCAAAAACGUACUCCUUCAGACUGUUGUCUGCUCCCAUCGAAAACGAGCCAACACCGUUACCAACGGCCAAAAUGUCCAGUGCGGGAGCACACUCAACGCACGUGAUUCCGUCCACGAACUCCUCGGAGCUGUACACCAACUUGGACGAUCUGACGUUGAAAAUCAGCAAAUGCGACGUUGUGGCAACAACAACCUUGUUAACGUACGUUGGAGGAUGGACAAUAUCGACGAUCUCUCCGUUUAACGAAUUGACCUUGAUUUCUCCGUAG